AUGGAUGUUUUAAUUAAGAUCAAGGAAAAAUAUUCAACCGUACGAAAUCUCUUAGAAGUUGAAUUUAAAAAUGAUCCAGAGAGAGAGCCUUACAAGUCCAAAUAUCGAGCCAAAUCGAUUUUAACAGAAAUCAAAGAAUUGCUUUUCGACGUCAUCGAUAACGUGGAAAAAGAUGGCGAACAAUACGUUUCCUACAAGGGCAUGCUCGCCGUUGUGAUAUACCAAAUAGGACUUAUUUGUAUCGAUACCGAAGAAAUUCCGGAAGGUGAAAAACAAUUAAAAGAAUGCUACGAUUCCAUAUUAGAUCACCUUCAUCCGCGUUUCAUUCUCGUGUCGGUAGUCGUGAGAAAUCAAUUAGGAAUACUAUGGUCUCAAAGAUCUCAACCGACGGAAGCUCAGAGUUGGCUAGAAGGAGCGGAGAAAAUUUACAACGAGUUCAAAUCGACGGGUAAAAUUCCAUUCUACUACCACGAUCAUUUCGAAGAAAGUGUAAGCGAAACGGGAGUCAAAGAAUUAGAAAUGGUGCACACUCUAACAAAAUUUUAUCUGGCUCAAGUGUACGGUGCUUUGAAAGAUUUGUUAAAGUCGGCCACGUACUGUCACGAAACAUUACAAAGGCAAUUGAUAUACAACGAAUACGAUCCGAUUGAUUGGGCCCUAAAUUCCGCGACUCUGUCGCAGUUUUUCAUGGAAAGACUUUUGUUCAAACAGGCGAGACAUCAUUUGGCAGCCGCUUCUUACGUCAUGGACAAAUACGAAGAAUCCCUUAAAUCAAUGACGGGUUCGCAAGAGGAAAUCGAAACGAAAAAGGAAGAAUUCAAACACAGGAGUUCGGACAUUUCGCGGUGCUGGGCCAAAUACGGGAUUUUCAUACUGGAACAUUCGAAAAAUUGUCUCGAGGAUGAUAGGAAAUCGGAAGGGAAAAAUGACGACGACAAAAAUUUGGAAAAAUUGCUGUUCGAUAAUUUGAACUUGGCCGAAUACGAAAAUCAAAUAACCGACACUGACGUCAUACUCUUCGAGGACGCGAGAGAAGUUUUUCUAUUCACUCAAAAACAUUUGAAAAAAGCAAAAGAAUAUUAUUCUUUGGAAGAAAGAGCUUCGGAUCACGUGCAAGUCGUACAAGAUCACAGUCAAUUGUUCAGACAUUUAACGGCUUUCGAAGAAAACGAAGAGAGACAGUGUAAAAUGAUGAAGAAAAGGAUAGAGCUGUUGGAAACGGUUCUCAAAGAAUUAAAUCCAAAAUAUUAUCUGGAUGUUUGCAGGCAACUGUGGUUCGAAUUGGGAGAAACCUAUCACGACAUUAUGCAAGUUAAAUUUCAAAAAGCAAAAGCGAUACAAGAUUCGCCGGUUCCACAAGUUUUCAACAAAAUAAAUACUCUCAUAGAAAAUAGCAUAACAAAUUUUAAUAAAUUUUUAGAUUCGGUCAAAGAUAAAAAAAAACAAGAACUCCCAGAAAUUAUUCCAGAUGAUUUAGUCGGACCCACUUUGAUAGCACAUUUUUAUUUGGGUCGCCUUUAUUACAAGUACAUAACACAGGAUAAGAGGAAACAAAUAGAAAACACGACGAAAUCUUACGAAUGUUUUAAAUACGUCGUCGAUUAUUGUGAAAAAAGCGAAAAGGGUAGAAAUGCCGUAGGGGAAGAAUUAAACAUUAGCAUGGAAAUGAUGAAAUUACUGCAAGUUAAAAUAUUGCAGUAUUAA